AUGAAGGGUAAAGAAUUGAGAAUUGCGUCACUUCUGGUGCUGGACACCGUGUUUUUCCUGAUAGAACUCACUAUUGGGUACAUGUCUCACUCGUUGGCGUUGAUCGCUGACUCGUUCCACAUGUUGAACGAUAUAAUAUCGUUGCUCGUUGCGUUUUGGGCAGUGAAGGUCGCUAAAGAACGUAGUCCAACGGCCAAAUACACGUACGGUUGGAAAAGGGCGGAGAUCCUCGGUGCGCUGAUCAACGCCGUGUUUCUGAUCGCGCUGUGCUUUUCAAUCAUGAUCCAGGCUCUGCAAAGGUUGAUUGAACCUGAGGAGAUUAGAAACCCAAGACUCGUACUAUACGUUGGGUUUGCAGGGUUGCUCUCCAAUUGUGUUGGAUUGUUCCUCUUCAACGACCAUGCGGAUCACAGCACACACAACCACGGUGACCUCGAGGCAAACAACAGUAGCCCAGCUGCCUCCAAUGGGGAAGCACUGAGCGAUACUUCGAGCACGCAGAUCAAUAGUGACUCCCCCAGCGAGGAUACUUUCCCAGUGACGGAGAGGACAGUCGGUAUGUUGACCUCGGAGAAUACGGCGCUUGUUUCGAAGAAGGCUGCCGCAAAGCAGAAAAGGCAACGGUCAUUGAAUAUGCACGGCGUCUUCCUACACGUACUGGGGGACGCCCUGGGUAACAUCGGUGUCAUUAUCGCGGCUCUGAUCAUAUGGAAAACUGACUAUUCGUGGAGGUUCUAUUCGGAUCCCGUUGUUUCUCUCGUGAUUACGGCAAUCAUUUUUUCCUCAGCGUUGCCUCUAUCCCGUAAGUCUUCACGGAUUCUGCUGCAGGCAACGCCAUCGAACAUCAACGCAGACGGUAUCUGCAAAAAGAUUAAGUCCAUCCCGGGUGUCGUCGGUGUCCAUGACUUGCACAUCUGGAACCUGACAGAGAGUAUAUGCAUUGCAUCCGUCCACGUCAAAAUAUCCGCAGAAAAUCAACAAUCAAUCGACACAGCCAAGGCUAUCAGACACGUGUUCCAUGAGAACGGCGUUCAUUCAGCAACAGUACAGCCUGAAUUUGUCACAGAUUCAGUCAACGAUCAUGAAAGGAGAAGGUUUUCGCAGAUUGCGGGGGGGAUGGACUCCAGUUCCAGCGAUGCCCUGACUCGGCCUGCCCUUGCCAACACGGCUUAUGGUUCCACUUCGAAUUCAAACUGUCUAAUUGACAGCUCAGUAAACUGCGACCAGGAUCGGUGUCUACACAAAUGA